AUGGCGCUGUACGGAACCUCUGACGCUUUGAUGUGCAGGGCGUUCCCCACAACUCUGAGAGGGCCAGCUCGCACGUGGUACAACGGCCUUAAGGCCGAGACGGUUACCUCCUUUGAUCAGCUCGUCAGAGACUUCGAGCUUAACUUCUUGGCCUACGCUCGGCCAAAGCCAUUCGUCGCACUACUUCUCGGGCUCAACCAGAGGGAGGACAAGCCCCUCUCCCACUUUGUGAAUCGCUUUACUACGCAAAUCCGGGGGUUGUCGGACGCUCAUCCCUCUCUAUUGAUGCAGGCGUUUAUGAUAGGCUUGCGGCCCUCCAUAUUCUUUUGA